AACUUGGAAGUGGUCAAUUGAAAGGUUGCUAGCGCGACCUCCUGUACUGUAGAAUGUAGUAUGGACCAUAGGACAGGACGAAGAAGUCCCGUUAAGAAGCUGUGGAGGCCUAAGAUGCUCUACUAGUCUGCUGGAAAUCCAAAGAAGACGAAGGAGUAAAAAGCAAAAUGGCGUUUGACAGAGAAGGCCUAAACGUGGCCACUGGCCAUUAUUGUUUCUCUAUUUGUAUUUAGUGCAUACAUGUACGCAUAUAUGUCGUGUAGUAGAUGAAACAUUGUUAGUCAUUGUUUGUAUCCGGAUACAUUAGUCUGAGCGCACUUUAUGUGCUAGCUUAGCUUGCUAGUUAGCUUAGCUUGUUAGCUGCUAACAAAGAGGCGCGGACGUUAUCAACACAUCGCUAAGUAGAGAUCAAAUGUGAGUGUCAAGUGUUGUGAUUGUGUGAAAAUGUGCGAAAGAACGAUAGCAAAGUACGAGGAGGAACUUUGUCCAACAAAAGAGGAGAAGGAGCGACAACAUCAACUAUGGACGCUGUUUUCAAGAAACAUCAAGUUGUGUUACACAGAACAGACGUCCAGCAGCCCCCUCACAUUAAAGAGGAAGAGGAGAAUCCACAGCCUCCCCACAUUAAAGAGGAAGAGGAGGAUCCACAGCCUCCCCACAUUAAAGAGGAAGAGGAGGAAGUGUGGAUCAGUCAGGAGGGAGAGUGUCUUCUAGGGCAGGAGGAGGAUGAUGUCACCAAGUUUCCACUGACUGUUGUCUCUGUGAAGACUGAAGAGCAUGAAGACAAACCACCUGAGUCCUCACAGCUUCAUCACAGUCCAACGGAGAGUCAUGAAGAGGAGCGGCACACCAGUGUGGGACAGAAGGAGCUACAGGCCCCCUCCCACAUUAAAGAGGAGCAGCUUCAUGAUGAAGAUGAAGCUCAGUCCUUACAGCUUCAUCACAGUCAAAGUGAGGAGAACAGAGGAGCGGAGCUUGAAAGUCAACACAUCACAGAAGCUGAUGGAGAGCAUUGUGAAGAUAUAAAGUCAGAACCAGACAGCAUCUUUGCUCCACUGUCAGACAUGGACCACAUGAUGUCAGACUCUUCUGAUCACAGUGACCACAUCCAAAAACCUUUGGAGAGUAAAAAUGACUCUAAAGGUGAUACGAGACAUCACACUAACAACAAACACUUUGACUGCUCUGAAUGUGGGAAAUCAUUUAGACGGAAGAGUGAUUUUACAGUACACAUGAGAAUACAUACUGGAGAGAAACCUUUUAGUUGCUCUGUUUGUAAGAAGAGUUUCUCCACAAAACAUUACAUGACCACACACAUGAGAACACACACUGGAGAUAAACCUUUUGCUUGCUCCGUUUGUAAGAAGAGUUUCUCCAGAAAGCGUAACAUUACCACACACAUGAGAUUACACACUGGAGAGAAACCUUUUACUUGCUCCGUUUGUAAGAAGAGUUUCUCCAAAAAGGGUGACAUGACCACACACAUGAGAACACACACUGGAGAGAAACCUUUUUCUUGCUCAGCUUGUGCUAAAAGAUUCAACACUAAGAAUGACAUGACCACACACAUGAGAACACACACAGGUGAGAAACCUUUUACUUGCUCUGUUUGUAAGAAGAGUUUCUCCAGAAAGGAACGCAUGACCACACACAUGAGAACACACACUGGAGAGAAACCUUUUCUUUGCUCAGCUUGUGCUAAAAGAUUCAACACUAAGCAGGAAAUGAUAUUGCACAUGAAAACACACACAGGUGAGAAACCUUUUACUUGCCCUGUUUGUAAGAAGAGUUUCUCCAGAAAGCAAAGCAUGACCAGACACAUGAGAACACACGCUGGAGAGAAACCUUUUUUCUUGCUCAGCUUGUGCUAAAAGAUAAAUAAAUGAUAAAUGGGAUAUACUUGUAUAACGCAUUUCUACCUUCAAGGUACUCAAAGCGCUUUGACAGUAUUUCCACAUUCACCCAUUCACACACACAUUCACACACUGAUGGAGGGAGCUGCCAUGCAAGGCGCUAACCAGCAGCCAUCAGGGGCAAGGGUGAAGUGUCUUGCCCAAGGACACAACGGACGUGACUAGGAUGGUAGAAGGUGGGGAUUGAACCCCAGUAACCAGCAACCCUCCGAUUGCUGGCACGGCCACUCUACCAACUUCGCCACGCCGUCCCACACUAAGAAGGAAAUUAUAUAGCACAUGAGAACACACACAGGUGAGAAAACUUUUACUUGCUCUGUUUGUAAGAAGAGUUUCUCCAUAAAGCAAACCAUGACCACACACAUGAGAACACACAAUGGAGAGAAACUGUUUAGUUGCACUGUGUGUGAUAAGAUGUUCAUGUUUAAGAAGCAGGUGAGUAAACACAAGUGUGUAACAGUCAUGGAAGCUGCAGAGAUUUAAAAACACUUAAACAGUGAUUGUGCUAAAUGUAGUUUAAAAACACAGCAUGUUUAAUAUGAAUGUAUAUUUGAUGUUGUAUGUAGUGCUUCUCAUCUUCUAGUCUUAUAUGUUGUCCUGUAGUUACUUUUUAAGUUGUGUGCAUGUAUUGAAUAUUAUAUAUGUAGCUACUAUUUUAUUCUAUUUUCUCAUUGUUUUAAGAGAGGGCAUUUUAUUUAAAUUUGUUUUUUUUUGUGUCUUAUAAAAUCACACAUUUUUUCGAUUGCAUUUUAUUGAUGUUAUUAUCCAAUUAAAAGUAUGAAUGAAUAAAAUGGUUAACAAAAUGUGGACUCUGGUAGAUUGGCAGCAUUGUUACAUCAUGGAUGUUAACUACUGCAAAACAUCAACAAAGAAGAAAAAGGCUGAAGUUAGCAACACAUCACUGAACUUUAGAGCCAUCGUGAGUGGA